CUUACGAUGCCUGGAGAUUGUCGUGCUCGUCUCAUCAAAAUGGCAAAAUGGCUUGUCGAGUCUUCGUUGGUUCCAUCUAGGCUUUUGCAAGAGAGUUGUGAGGAAGAAUUUCUGUGGGAGUCUGAAUUGAAUAAAGUAAAGGCUCAAGAUUUGAAGGCCAAAGAGGUUAGAGUAAACACCCGCCUUCUUUAUCAGCAAACAAAAUUCAAUCUUCUACGAGAGGAGAGCGAGGGCUAUGCCAAACUGGUGACGCUUCUUUGUCAGGGUGGUUUAGAUUUGACAACUGAGAAUACAUCAACAGUGACAAUUAGCAUAAUUAAGUCAUUAAUUGGGCACUUUGAUCUGGACCCUAAUCGUGUUUUUGAUGUUGUGUUGGAGUGUUUUGAACUUUAUCCUGAGAAUGCUGCUUUUUAUAAUCUCAUUCCUAUAUUUCCAAAGUCACAUGCUGCUCAGAUUUUGGGGUUUAAGUUCCAGUAUUAUCAACGUAUGGAUGUGAACACACGUGCUCCUUCCAGUCUUUAUCAGCUUACAGCUUUGCUGGUGAAAGCAAACUUUAUUGAUCUUGAUAAUAUAUAUGCACACUUACUUCCAAAGGAUGAUGAUGCAUUUGAGCACUAUGAUGCAUUUACUGCAAGACGGUUUGAUGAGGUCAACAAAAUUGGCAGAAUUAAUCUUGCUGCUACAGGAAAAGACCUUAUGGACGAUGAGAAACAAGAUGUGACUAUUGAUCUGUUUUCUGCUUUGGACAUGGAAAAUGAUGCUAUUACAGAACAAGCACCUGAGGUUGAAAAUAAUCAGAAACUUGGUUUGCUUAUUGGUUUUAUUUUUGUUGAUGACUGGUACCAUGCUCAGAUACUAUUUGAUCGUCUGUCCCAUCUAGAUCCCGUUCAGCAUAUCCAAAUUUGCGAGGGCCUAUUUAGGGUCAUUGAGAAGACUAUGUCUGCAGCCUAUGCUAUUGUCUAUCAAACACAUCUUCAAAGUCGUGCUGGUUCCAAUGUUGUGGAAUCGACAGCUGGAUCUUCUAUCCAGAAUUCUUCUAUUGAUCUCCCUCGUGAAUUUUUUCAGAUGCUUGCUGCUGCAGGACCAUAUCUUCAUCGUGAUGCUGUACUGCUUCAGAAGGUGUGCAGAGUGUUGAGAGCAUACUACCUCUGUGCUGAAGAAUUAGCUGGCCUUCGAGCUAAAGAAGCUAAGCUUAGGGUUGAAGAAGCACUUGGAAAAUGUGUGCUUCCUUCAUUGCAAUUAAUACCUGCAAAUCCUGCAGUUGGGCAAGUGAUAUGGGAACUCCUUUCUCUGCUCCCCUAUGAGGAUCGAUAUCGCCUGUAUGGUGAAUGGGAAAAGGAUGAUGAAAGAAUCCCAAUGGUUCUGGCUGCAAGGCAGAUUGCAAAGUUGGACACUAGAAGAAUACUGAAAAGGCUUGCAAAGGAAAAUUUGAAGCAGCUGGGUCGCAUGGUGGCCAAACUUGCUCAUUCUAAUCCGAUGACUGUGCUUCGCACAAUUGUUCACCAGAUUGAGGCAUACAGGGAUAUGAUAACACCAGUUGUAGAUGCCUUCAAGUACUUGAGACAGCUGGAAUAUGAUGUGUUAGAAUAUGUUGUAAUCGAACGUCUAACACAAGGAGGACGUGAGAAGCUUAAAGAUGAUGGCCUGAAUUUGUCAGAUUGGCUUCAGUCUCUUGCAUCCUUUUGGGGCCAUCUGUGUAAGAGGUACCCUUCAAUGGAGUUGAGAGGCCUUUUUCAGUAUCUUGUUAAUCAAUUGAAGAAGGGCUCAGGAAUUGAGCUUGUUCUGUUGCAGGAGCUUAUUCAGCAGAUGGCCAAUGUUCAAUACACUGAGAACAUGACUGAGGAGCAACUUGAUGCUAUGGCAGGAGGUGAAACAUUGAGAUAUCAAGCUACUCUAUUUGGAAUGACUAUAAACAAUAAGGCAUUGACUAAAUCUACCAACAGACUUAGGGACUCCUUACUUCCGAAGGAAGAGCCUAAGCUGGCUAUUCCUCUUUUGUUACUAAUAGCUCAACAUCGCUCCAUGGUUAUCAUAAAUGCGGAUGCAUUAUACAUCAAAAUGGUUAGCGAGCAGUUUGACAGGUGCCAUGGCAUGCUUCUUCAAUAUGUUGAGUUUCUGUUGAGUGCCAUAACUCCAUCUAUGAUCUAUGCUCAGCUGAUUCCUCCUCUAGAUGAUCUUGUUCACAAGUACCAUCUUGAUCCAGAGGUAGCAUUUCUGGUAUAUCGCCCUGUGAUGAGGCUCUUCAAAAGUAUAAGUGGAGCUGAAAUAUGCUGGCCUCUUGACAUAACUGAAGAGCCCAAUGUUUCAAGCACAAAUGAAGAAGCAGAGCCUUCAUAUAUAUCCUGUGAUGUUGUUUUGGAUCUUGGAUCACCCUGGAGGCCUGUCAAUUGGUCAGACCUUCUUGACACAGUCCGGUCAAUGCUGCCUCAGAAAGCUUGGAAUAGCCUCUCUCCUGAUCUUUAUGUUACAUUUUGGGGGCUUACACUCUACGAUCUUUAUGUUCCUCGACACCGUUAUGAAUCAGAGAUCACAAAGCAGCAUGCUGCUAUUAAAGCCUUGGAAGAACUUUCUGACACCUCCAAUAUGGCUAUCACAAAGCGGAAAAAAGACAAGGAAAGGAUCCAAGAGCUACUUGACAGAUUGAGUUGUGAAUUUCAAAAGCAUGAACAACAUGUUGCAUCUGUGCGCCAAAGGCUUAGUCAUGAGAAGGACAAAUGGCUGAGUUCCUGCCUGGAUACUCUAAAGAUAAACAUGGAGUUUCUUCAACGAUGCAUCUUCCCACGCUGCAUCUUCAGCAUGCCAGAUGCUGUGUAUUGCGCUAUGUUUGUGCAUACGCUACAUUCACUUGGCACACCAUUUUUUAACACGGUCAACCAUAUUGAUGUUCUUAUAUGUAAAACCCUACAGCCGAUGAUCUGUUGCUGCACCGAAUUUGAAGCUGGCAGACUUGGAAGGUUUUUAUAUGAGACACUAAAGAUGGCUUACCAUUGGAAGAGUGAUGAGUCCAUAUAUGAACAUGAAUGUGGAAACAUGCCAGGGUUUGCUGUCUAUUACAGAUUCCCAAACAGUCAGCGUGUAACUUAUAGCCAAUUUAUUAGAGUACACUGGAAAUGGAGUGGAAGAAUAACCAGAUUGCUUGUGCAGUGCUUGGAAUCUACUGAGUACAUGGAAAUACGAAAUGCUCUUAUUGUGUUGACAAAAAUUUCUAGUGUUUUCCCUGUUACUCGGAAGAGUGGUAUUAAUCUUGAAAAGCGGGUAGCUAAAAUUAAAGGGGAUGAGAGAGAAGAUUUGAAAGUUUUGGCUACUGGUGUAGCUGCCGCUUUGGCUGCACGCAAGGGUUCAUGGGUUUCUGAGGAAGAAUUUGGUAUGGGUCAUAUUGAUCUAAAGCAUGCAGCAGCAUCAACAAAAUCACCUGCUGGUAACCUGGGCAAUGCACCAAAUGGUUCUGCUCUUGGUAUAUCUCAGAAUGAGAUGUCUGGGACAAGGAAUGCCACUACGGGGAAUCAGGUAGCGGAUCCAUUGGAUAUAAUUAAAGAUCGGAUGACACGUGCAAAAUCUACAGAUGGCAGGUCGGAUCGAUCAGAAGAUGGAGUGCUUUUGAAAGCUGAUUCAGCACAACAAAAAUCAAGGAGUAGCUCUUCCAUGAAUGGGCCUGAUAGUCAAACACAUGCUUCUUUGCUGCCUAAGCCUUCUGGGAUCAUGAAAAAUUUAGAUGAACUUCUAAAAGUUUCACCGGAGGAAACAUCUACAAAAGUUGCUUCAAAGGGCACUGUGGAAUCUGAGACCAGACCACUGCAAAAACGUUCAGCACAGAAUUCUCUUGGUAGGCUACCAAAACAAGAGUUGGUCAAAGGAGAUGCUAAAUCUAGAAAAUCAAUCAGCAGAACUGCCUAUCAGCAAUUUUCUGCAAUGGCUGACAGGGAUCUUUCAGCUCAUCAAUCAGAGAGUAGGCAAGGUGAUACUGCUAUGAAUUCUUCAUCCACUUCCUGUGGUAACUUAAAUUCAUCAGGAAAAGUAGCAAGUUCCUCCUCAAAAAUGAAUGAUGUGCAUGUUAGUGUAUCCAAGAUGGACAGUGGACCUCUCAAACCCUUGGAUGACACUGUAGAAGCGCCUGAUGCUUUCCCUAAAGAGCAAAAGAGAUUUGCUUCAGCUGAAGAACGAGAUAGAUCGAACAAACAAAGGAAAGGAGACAUGGACGGAAAGGAUGGUGAGGCUAUGGAAGUUCGAUUAUCUGAUAAAAAUAGAAUUUUUGAUGCCAGAUCAAUGGAUAAAUCUCACUUUUCAGAUCAUGAGAGGCCUAAAAUUGAAGAACAAAGUCCCAUUAGGCCUGUGGAUAAGCAUUCUGAUAAAUCUAGAGAUAAAACUAUUGAAAGAUAUGAUAAAGACCACAGGGAAAACUUGGAUCGGCCUGAUAAGAGCCAUGGUGUGGACAUUCUUGAGAAAUCAAGAGAUAGGUCAAUUGAAAGACAUGGAAGAGAACGUUCUGUUGAAAGAGUGCAGGAGAGAGCAGCAGAUAGGAAUAUAGAUAGGUCUGUUGAUAAAUCUAGAGAUGACAGAAGCAAAGAUGAUAGGAAUAAAUCGCGACACAAUGAGGCUCCCAUGGAUAAGGUGCAUUCCGAUGAGCGUUUUCAUGGACAAGGUUUGCCGCUGCCACCUCCACUACCUCCAAGUUUUGUUCCCCAAUCUGUCGGUGGUAGUCAAAGAGAUGAAGACCCUGAAAGAAGGGUCGGUAACACUAGACACACACAGCAUCUGUUGCCUAGGCAUGAUGAAAAAGAAUGUAGGCGCUCAGAGGAGAAUGUUUUAGCAUCACAGAAUGAUGCAAAACAUAGAAGAGAUGAUGAGUUUCGAGAAAACAAGUGGGAGGAACAAGGAGAUGUGCCAAAUAAGGUAGAAGAGAGGGACAGAGAGAAGGGGAAUGUACUGAAGGAUGAUACGGACCCUACUGCAGCCCCCAAGCGGCGAAAGCUUAAAAGGGACCAUACAUCCUCUUCUGAAGCUGGUGGGAAGUAUUUACCAUUUGUUCCGGGACCGCCGCCACCACCAAGACUAGCAUUGGGGAUAUCUCAAUCGUUUGAUGCAAGAGAAAGGGGAGAUAGAAAAGGGAUUAUGGUGCAGCAUCGAGCUGUUUACAUGGAUGAAGUUCCAAGGGUGCAUGGCAAAGAAGCCGCAAGCAAGAUCAAUCGUCGGGAGACUGAUCAGAUAUAUGAAAGAGAGUGGGAAGAAGAGAAGCGAAGGACUGAAGCUAAGAGGAAGCAUCGGAAGUAGACAUCAGUCUGGAGAGGAUCACAAGAGAUUAUUUAUUGGUUGGAUAGAGUUAUUGAGCACCUAUACGGGCGGCAACUAUAUGACUGGCUUGGGCAGGGAAGUGCAGCUGUCAUUUAGGUUUCCACUAUGAUUUUUGGCAGUAGUGUUCAGACAGAAGCAUCUAAUGCAGAUGCAUGAUGUUAGCUUGGGUAGGAAAGUUGGUCCAUUACAGUGGUCUUUAUUGAUCAUGGAUACCAGAAAAGCCUGGAGUAUGUCCUAAUAUAUGAUUGGAGAUCUUCAGAUUCAGUGUAGCAGAUCUUAAAAUAUAGCGCAUGUGGCUUUGCAAAUCAGAAUCUGCAGAAGAUUGGGACUUGCAAAUGCUUGUGGCACUCAGCGUGCACACCUAUGUGAUAAAGAUUUUGAAAUACAGAAGGAAACCUUAUUUGACAUUAAUGUAAUUAUAACUUUGGCUUCUUACAUAAUAUAACAUUUUUAUCUUCUAGUGUUCAUGCAGUCA